CCAGCAUUUAAGGUACAAUCCUCUGCGGGACUCAUGGGUUCUGGUCUCGGCCCAUCGGAUGAAGCGUCCAUGGAAAGGACAGGUGGAGAAACCGCCAUUGGACACCAUCCCACGACAUGACCCCAACAACCCUCUCUGUCCUGGCAGUGUGAGAGCUAAUGGAGAGGUGAAUCCUGAUUAUGACAGCACGUUCAUGUUUGAAAAUGAUUUCCCUGCUCUCCAGCCUGACGCUCCAGACCCCGGUUCAGAUCAUCACCCACUUUUCCAAAGCAAAGCAGCCAGAGGCAUUUGUAAGGUCAUGUGUUUCCACCCCUGGUCCGACAUCACCCUCCCGCUCAUGAAGCCUGCAGAGAUCCGCAGAGUGAUUGACAGGUGGGCGGAUCUGAUCGGAGAGCUGGGUGAUGCGCACACAUGGGUGCAGAUCUUUGAGAAUAAAGGAGUCGCGAUGGGCUGUUCAAACCCCCAUCCUCACUGUCAGGUUUGGGCCAGUAAUUUUCUCCCCAAUGAGCCGGCGCUGGCGGAGCGCUGUCAGAGAGACUUCAUGCAGAAGCACGGAGAGCCGAUGCUGGUGCAGUACGCUCGAAUGGAGGCGCAAGCACAGGAGCGUGUGGUAGUGGAAAACGAGCACUGGUUGGUGGUGGUGCCGUAUUGGGCGACGUGGCCCUAUCAGACGCUGCUGUUGCCACGACGACAUGUCCUGCGCCUCCCUGACCUCACGGCCCAAGAGAGAGACAGUCUGGCAUCCAUAAUGAAAAGACUCCUGACGAAAUAUGACAACCUCUUUGAGGUCUCCUUCCCCUAUGCAAUGGGAUGGCAUGGGGCUCCGACAGGAAGUCAUCUAAAGGAAGACAUGAGCCACUGGCAGCUGCACGCUCACUACUAUCCUCCUCUACUGCGAUCCGAAACCAUACGCAAGUUUAUGGUUGGAUAUGAGAUGCUAGCUAAUGAACAGAGGGAUCUUACACCUGAACAGGCUGCAGAACGGUUAAGAAACCUCAGAGAGGAACAUUAUAAGGUGGAAAAAACAGAAGGUGAAGGAGGGAUGGAGAACUAAAAGAGUGUGACCUGUCGGCCACCUUCUGUGUCCAACGGCCAGAUAAUGAGAACAUAAAACUGAGAGAAACAGAUGGAGCUGUAAGACGACUCAUCUGUUUUAGUGCAAAGAGUUUAAAACUUGAGCUAACUACUUUCUGAUCCCCCUUUUUUUCUUUCCAUUAAGUUAGAAGUUCAAAUUGUCUCCCAAGUUUGGGUUUAGGGCUCUAAAGGCCAAACCAUGGGAGCUGGUAAUUGCUCAGUUGAGAGCCAAAGUGAUUUUUCAGAAACGUUUGAAAGUUGUAAUCUUUGCUUAUACUGAAUGCGAUUUCUAUGGCUUAUUAGAAUGAUGUGUGCUAUUUCUAUAGCUUUAAAUU